AUGACUGAUUCAUUGAAGGUCCUGAAAGACAGGCACCAAAAAUCAACAGGCCCCAACCUGGCUCCGGAAGUCCCCAAUCUGCAGCCCUCGAACCGUGGAGCUGUCUCGAGAUCUAACAGCCGCGAUCAGGAAGCCCCCGAAACAGUUGCCACGGAGAACCCAUCCAGAGCUAGGGCAGCGGUCAUCGGCGAGCAGCAGCCUUCAGUCCUUGCAGCGGAGAAAAAUUACAGGUUUCAGAGGGCCGCCGACGCCGAGACCAACAUCCUUCCGAGGGCAUACCGCAUCCGGUAUGAGGAGCUCUACGAAAACAGGUCGCAACGAGACGAUUUUUUUUAUCGCAGCAAAAAUAAUGGCGGAUCGAACCUCUUGUCCUUACAAGAGCUCAACGCCACCAGUUCCAUCGAUGACAUAUCCAUCGACUACACGUCUUUGUCGCUAUCACCGAUACACCGCAGGAACGACCCAUCGUCGCACAAAACGCGCUCCUACUGCGACAGAGGGAAGCCUGCAUGCGAAUACACUGAGGAUGAUUUAAAACAAAGGCCCUCGGAUCAAAAUUGUUCCCAAGAAAAUCUUAAUGAGUAUAAGAAGGGCGGCUAUAAGCCCAUUUUGAUUGGUGAACAAUUGGGUACCUAUACCGUCCUUCGUAAACUUGGGUUUGGACACUUCUCGACCGUUUGGCUAUGUUCAGAUAAUAGAGAGGACCAAAAAUAUGUCGCUAUAAAAGUUUUAAAGGCUGUUCAUUUGUGUGAUAAUAUGGCCAAGGAGGAGAUCUCGCUGCUUACAGAACUCCGAAGAAUUGGCUCCGAUCAUCCAGGCAGGAAACACAUCAUUGAAAUGGUGGAACAUUUUGAUGUCAGCAGUAUAAAUGGUAAUCACGUAUGCAUCGGAUUCGAAUUAAUGGGCCCAUCUCUGCUUCAUUUAAUUACUCAAAGCCAUUAUCAAGGCAUUUAUGAAGGAGCUGUUAAAUGUAUCAUACGACAAGUACUUCUAGGACUAUCUUACCUUCAUAAUAAAUGCAAAAUAAUCCACACUGAUCUGAAGCCAGAAAAUAUACUUAUCAAAGUAAACGACGCUUAUAUAAAAAACAUGGUUGAUAAGACUACGAGAUAUUCCGAACUCGGUUUACCUAUGCCCAGAAGUUAUAUUUCUUCUGAAAAUUAUGCUACUCAAUCAUUCGAAACUUUAAUCAAGUUUGCAUAUAGUAAUCCUGUGAUGAGCCCUGACGAGCCCGAACGUGUUCAACGAAGUUCCUCAUUCCCGUGUUUAUCGGAUCUUACGAACGAUGGAGAAACUACGAAAAUCUGCACCAGAAGCGAACUGUACGUUAGUCCAAAAAUCGAAGUCAAAAUAGCCGAUAUGGGCAAUGCAUGCUGGACGACUGAUAAAAUCGAAGGCACAAUUCAAACGAAGCAGUAUAGGGCACUCGAGGUUCUGCUAGGAGCCGACUUCAAUACACCAGCAGACAUCUGGUCAGUAGGAUGUAUAGCAUUCGAAUUAGCUACUGGAGAAUACCUGUUCAAUCCAAGGCACACACAGACAUUUAGUUCUAACGAAGACCACAUUCUUUUGAUAUAUGAAUUAUUAGGAGGUAUUCCUCCUUAUAUUGCCUCCCGUGGAAGGCGCUCGCAUAGAUACUUCGAUAGCACUGGAAACCUGAUUAUCUGCGAAAUGCCGUUGCUGCACAUUUGGAAAACCGAGGAUGUACUAGUAGAGAAAUAUGGAUGGAAGAGGGUAGACGCAAUCCCAUUUGCAGCUAUGAUCAACGCCAUGAUCGAACCGGAUCCGGAGCUGCGGAUUACCGCUGAUAAUGGACUGGUGCAUCAAUGGUUGAACGAUAGCUCCUCUUAAUAAAUAAAUAAAUAAAUAUCUGAAGGAGACGUUUGGAUUGAAACGAAGAGAUGACGUUUAUAUAACAGAACAGAGGUAAUCCUCCUUUACUUUAGUGGGAACGCUAUGAUGAAUUGAUGUAGGCCCUUUCAGCUGUUGCGAAGAAAACACGAAUAAUAGAAAAGAUUAAUAAGAAACGACCCUCAGGUACUAAUUAUACACCAAGUACUCUAGUAUCAUCAUAUGGUAGUCGGUUUUUGGGGCCAAGACACACAACAUUUUUUUGGAGCCACCUCACUCUACUGCCGCCAAUUCUAAAACGUUCAUAAUUAAACACAAUGUCGAGGGGCCCAUUCUAAUCGUGUUACUUAUACUUGUAUAAACUAACACUUACACACGUACACAAAGGAAACAACAACAACAUAUUAAAUUGAAACAAUGAUAAGAAUUAUUAAAAAUAAAAUCAUAAUUGUGUUACUUUUAAGCUAUGUAUUAGAGAAUUUAAAUAUAUUAAACUAAUUAAUUAAUAAAACGAGAGAAAAAUAAUAAUGUUAGCUACUGUUAAACAAAUUUGGAAUCUAUUGUAACUAGUAAGAUUAUUUAUUUGUAGUGUAAUUGUUUAGUUCGCUUGUACAAAUAUUACGAAUCAUACUUCUGGUAUCAUCACCUGGUAUGGACUUUGAAUUUUUGUUUUGUUUUUUGUUGAUUCAAGAAGAUUACAAAGAAAGGUAUACUGCAGUAUAACACCACUUGAUUUCACACCUAAAAAAUGGUUAGAAGACUGAACUAC